GUGGUCGAGGCGGUUGGACGGCGCUCAUUCCCUCCCCGUCUAGUUUAUCCUGAGGAAAAGGUGGAUGACAUGCAGUUGUCGCGGCUGUUUUCACACUAUUGCCGUCGUGUGGUGGAAUCUGUGGAGUGCAAGUGCGACCUGGUAUUUGUGAAGUAUAGGUGCGCUGUAACAGGAUCAUAUUUUUUCACUGUGAGCUCGGAUUACUUUGCACAAUGGCCCGAUAUGAUUUUUCACUUUCCAUUUGUUCUGAGCCAAAAGCUAGUGUUCUCGAACUCACUCAUGGAGAUGGUUCAUGACGAUAUUACCGCGCAGAAUGGGUUGCAACGUACCAUGGCCAAUAUGGAGCGUAGGCGCAAACAGCGCUACUACAAGCUUUUGGGUCUGUUUUCCAGUGGUAUCAAGCGAAACCACGAGCGUUGCUUCACCUAUCUGGCCCCCACUCCAAUAUCAGAGGAUCAGUAUGCAGAUCAAAACAGAGUUGUUGACAAUCACACGCUUACGACGGCAUGGCUACACGCUACAGAGCUGUACGGGUCGCUGUGUGAAAAAGUGAUGAAAGACUGUGUUGUAAAGAGGGUCAUGAGAAUGGAUCACUCUGUCAAGUUCUGCAAGCGGUUAAAG